AUGGCAGCUUGCACUGUCUACUCAACACAAUCUCUAAGAACAAACAUCUCAAUUCCAACAUCCUCAAAAUCAAACGUUGGACUCCAUCAAAAACAAGUACUUUUCUUCACAACAAACCAGAAAAGCAACAACAGAAGAACAAACAGCAACAAAAGAUACUUGAUAACAUGUGGAGCAGGUGACUCACAGACAAUUGUGAUUGGUCUAGCAGCCGAUUCAGGUUGUGGAAAAAGCACUUUCAUGAGAAGACUCACAAGUGUUUUUGGAGGAGCAGCAGAACCACCAAAAGGUGGUAAUCCUGAUUCUAACACACUUAUAAGUGACACAACAACUGUCAUAUGUUUGGAUGAUUAUCAUUCCUUGGAUAGAACUGGUAGAAAAGAGAAAGGUGUUACUGCACUUGAUCCAAAAGCUAAUGAUUUUGAUCUUAUGUAUGAACAAGUUAAAGCUAUUAAAGAUGGAAAAUCUGUUCAAAAACCUAUUUAUAAUCAUGUUACUGGUCUUUUGGAUGCUCCUGAGCUUAUUAAACCUCCCAAAAUUUUAGUCAUUGAAGGUCUUCAUCCAAUGUAUGAUUCUAGAGUUAGAGAACUCUUGGACUUCAGUAUUUACUUAGACAUUAGUAAUGAGGUGAAGUUUGCUUGGAAAAUUCAGAGAGACAUGGCAGAACGUGGGCACAGUCUUGAAAGUAUAAAGGCUAGCAUUGAAGCAAGAAAGCCUGAUUUUGAAGCUUAUAUUGAUCCACAAAAGCAAUAUGCAGAUGCAGUUAUAGAAGUGUUACCAACUCAACUCAUCCCCGAUGAUAACGAGGGAAAGAUUCUACGAGUAAGAUUGAUACAGAAAGAGGGUGUUAAAUACUUUAGCCCAGUUUACUUGUUUGACGAAGGUUCAACCAUUUCAUGGAUUCCAUGUGGAAGAAAACUCACAUGCUCUUACUCACAUGCUCUUACCCCGGAAUCAAAUUUUUCUACGGACCAGAAACAUACAAAGGAAACGAGGUGUCAGUUGUGGAAAUGGAUGGACAAUUUGACAGACUAG